UCAUGCCGUUGAAUAAGUCAAAGAACUACACAAGCACGAUUGAAACAAAAUAUGAGCGUAAAUGAAAAGAAUCAGAUGAACGAACAGGUAUCCAAUGUAAUCACAAGCUUUUUAAAGCAGCGAAAGUACACGGAGAGUGAAAGUUCUAUGAAGGACUUCUCAGUGGAACACAAAAUGGAGGACAUGGCUUGCAAGAGGACGGUUUGUAACGAGAGUGGCAUUCCUAAUGUAUUCUCAUUUGCAAUCAACAGUUCAGACCCAGCUAUGGUGAAUGAACAAUUCUCCAGUCUGAAAUCGUUCAUAACGGGUACAAACCCGGCUUACAGAGUGGAACUUUCCAAAUUUUUGUUCCCGAUGUUUGCCAACAUCUAUUUGGAUCUUGUUGCGAAGGGACAAUCGAUUCCUGCUCAAGAACUUUUCACAAAGCACAGUGGCGAUUUUCCGAUCGAGCACAAAGAAGAAAUCCAACAUUUACAAGCGAUAACGGACUUAGAACGUUUAAAAUCCAGCGAUACAGCGUCCAAUUUUAGACGGAGUAAAUACGUCGUCAAACUAAGUAACAAAGUAUUUACUUAUUUCGUCCAAUUUCUGAGAAGUGGCGAUCACGUGCUAUUACUUCAUCUGUUGAACAAACACUUUAGCAUUGAGAUAUCGCAUAGUAAACCAGGACAGAAGCAAACCAGCGAUGAAAUGGAAACGGAUGAAACAGAGGCACCAGUGUCAAGUUACAGAGCCACAAGAGGCGGUAAACAAGCGAAAUCUAGCUCAGAAAAAGAAAACGAGAGCCUGGUAGCUUUAAAAGAAAGCAUCGGCCAUAUCAGAAAUGGACCUGCUUGUCUACCCCCAGUUUGUUUCCACUCUUUUGUGAAUGCUUACCAAGGAUUAAGCUCUGCUGCUAUUUCUAAAGAUGCUGGUCUUAUUUGUGGUGGCUUUGAAGAUUCCUCAAUUCUUCUGUGGAGUUUGACACCAAAGAAACUUGUGCGAUCAAAGAGUAAACCAGAAAUUUCUAAAGUACAACUAGCACCAGAUUUUCUUCCAUGCACACCAAAACUGGAAACUGUGUCCUGUGAGAGUGUUUCUCUACAUGGUCACAGUGGCCCAGUGUAUGCCACGCAGUUCUCACCAGACAGUUCUGUAUUAUUGUCAGCAUCAGAGGAUACAACUGUUCGGUUAUGGAGCCUUCACUCCUACACAAACGUGGUUGCGUACAAAGGACACAAUUUUCCCGUGUGGGACCUGGACAUCAGCCCACAGUGCCUCUACUUUGCAACUGGCUCCCAAGACCGCACAGCCAGGCUGUGGAAUCUAGAGUACACAUUUCCUUUGAGAAUCUUUGCUGGACAUCUACAGGAUGUGGAUUGUGUCAAAUUUCAUCAAAACUGUACGUAUCUCGCUACCGCCUCAUCGGACCGCACUUGUCGCUUAUGGGACCUACAGUCUGGAAACUGUGUCAGACUCUUCACAGGACACAAGAGUUCAGUUUAUGCUUUGACGAUUUCUCCGGACGGCCAAUACCUAGUCUCCGCUGGGGAAGACCGGCGCAUUCGUCUGUGGGACUUAACCGCAGGCAGUAUGAUUAAAGAACUACGCGGGCACACCGAUACUGUGUACAGCCUCGCUUUCAGUGCAGACGGUACACUACUAUCGUCAGGAGGACUGGAUAACAGUGUUAAAGUGUGGGACUUUGGACAGGCGGUGAAGACUUCAAGUAAUGGCAGUUCAAGUGUCUCUGUUUCACCAGAACUCAUGGCUUCCUUUCCGACUAAGAACUGUUCAGUUCACUGCGUACAAUUUAGCAGUUGUAACUUAAUUCUGGCGGCCGGUACGCAGUCUCCCUGACGGAGGGGCAGAAAAACAGGACAGGAAACAAGCUUGAACACGCACAGAUUAUUUGAAGUCAAACUAAUUUUAUUGACAUAAUUCAUAUUUUGGAUUUACUUUUCAAUCCUAGUUAAUUUUCUGUACAAAAUCGAUUUGGAUUAUAUACAUACAACAAUAUAGAAACUUACACAGACAAAAAUAAUUGAGAUUGAUUCUAGCUAACAGAGUUUGUUUAUGAAUUAAUUGCACAUCCAAGUUUUUUCUUACAAAUAGCUUUACAAACCAGAUAAUAUGCAUACAAAUCUUAAAAAAUUAAACAUAAUUCAGGCAAACAAUAAGCACAUCCACACAAUUGGGGUUUUCUGUUGGUUUUCUAACCUUUUUUCAGCCAAUGAAAUACCAGCAUGCAGUUGCUGUUCGUGAACUUGAGUUUUGAUUGGCCAAAAAGAAAAAAACCAACAAAAACAUAUGACUGACUACAGCACUUGAUAGCAGCACUGACGCUGACAUAGAUGUACCAAAAAAAAAAAACAAAAACAAAAACAAAAACAUCACACAGAGGCAAGCAAGCUGGAACAGAUAUCUUUUUCCUGAGUAAACUGAAUUCAUUGCAUCAUCUAGCAUAAGUCUAUUUCUAACAAAACAAAAAACGUUUUUCAAUGGCUCACAACGAAAAUGAUUUAACAUGUGGCUUAUGUACGAACACAUUCAAAAGAUUCUUAUUUUUGUAAAGAAAACAAAUACUUGAAACAAUGGAAAAUACUUCAAGCUAUGUUUUACUUAAUUCAUUUUUACAUCAUAUGUUGGAUUGCAAAAUUAAAUAGUAUCUUUAAACUUGAAAAGCUCCUUUCUUGUUAUAUAGCAAGCCAUAUAAGCAGAAUGAACCAUUUAUACCCAAACAAAUAUCUUACUUUUUUUCUUUUUUCAUUUCCAAACAGAAUAUUUAGUUUAAAAGGACAGCGCAUUUGUAAUCAAACAAUACAAGCUUGUGAUUUCUUAUGGCCAGACACCCAUGCUGAACAAAAAUAAAUUGACAACCUAAAACCAUAAAGUAAUGAUAGCUAUUUAUCAAAUGACUUAAGAUCAUAUGUCAGAUAGAUACAUAGGUUGUGAAAUAUUGAAUGCAAAGAUAAAUUUUGGCUGGAAAAAACCAUAAUGCAAAUCACUUGUCUGUUAGGCUCCAAAUGUCAACAUUAACUACACCAUUAUUGUUUAUUUUUAUAUAAGGGACAAAUACCUACAUAAAAUAAUUAAAGUAAAAAAUACAUUUCUUACUGAUAAAAAAGGAGAUCCUGAAAAGUAUAUCAAUCUCAUCAAUAACCAAAUUACUUUUCAAAAGACAACAAUGAAUUCAAAAGAAAAUUCUGAUUAUUGAGGGCCUAUUUGCAUUGGCAAAAAGUUGUAUGUUUAGACAAAUUUUCUGUCAUCACUAGCACUUUACAGGUGCAGAUGGGUUGUCAUGACUUGACAAAUCUUGGCUGAAGCAAAAAAAUUGGGCAAAACUGACCAAAGAAACAAUGCCGAUAGAUACCAAUCAAUGAUAGUCUUGUAUAUCAUUUAUCAUAAAAGCUACCAUCAGCAUGGAUUUACGCUUAGUUUACGCAGUAAUUAAAGUUUGAAUCCUUUCGCAAACUAUGCCAGCUGCUCUUACGAGCAGAUUAGUCACUGACAGAAGGAAUUUGACAGCUUUGAAAUCUUUAAAAUGGACCCAACAGAUGAGACAAAUAUUUGUCAUGACAAAAUUUUGUGCCUUGAUUUUGACAAGACAAUUCUAGUUUUUUCCAAUA